AUGAAAAGGCACCGUGACAGUAAACACAUAAGUUUUGCAGUUGUAAAAUUUGUGGUGUCCUUUUUGUUAAUCAACAUUUGUGCCAUUAGUGUAAGAAAAAAUGUAGAAAAAGGUAUAUUAAUUAUGCACCAAAAUGAGAAUAGUGACAUACCGAUAGGAAAAAUAGUUCCCUACUUUUCGGAGGAGACAACCAUAUUCGAAAAUUACAUGGUCAAGAAGGUAAGCCAUGAGGACAAUAUCUGUAUAAACUCCAUUCGAGAUAAUAAAAACUUAAACGCACCCAUGGAACAGACGUUAAAUCUGGAAAAUCAAACGCACGCCAUACAAGUGGGUAAUAAGAGAAACAUUUAUGGCUACACAAAUAAUCUUCUACGAGAUGGGAACUAUCAACUGUCCAACAUCGCAUUAACAUUUAAGGUACCCAUAAAUCAAGAAAUUUGCGAAUUUAACUCCUUUAAUAAUUACAUUCUUCACAUUAAUUAUUUGAAGAAGGUAAGUUUUGAAGAAAUUGAAACGAAGUUAGAAAAAGGUGCUUUUGUAUUCAUAAAAUUACCUGAUGAUUAUGACUUAAAUAAAUCCAUCGCUGCAUUUACGGGGGAUAAAUAUUCCAUGUCCAAAGGCACACUAGAAAAUGACUACAUAAAAAUUGAUAUCUCCAAUGCAAUACAUUAUUCCGUAUGUCAAAAAGAAAACAACAACAAGGCUAACAAUUCGACUGAGGGUAAUCAGAAUGAAAAUGUGGAUAGCUACGUUCUUGGGAAGAGCGUCGAAUUUGUUCUUCUUACUUCUCACGAAUUGAGUGAUAUUAUUUUGUUUUCACCACAAAUAAAGGAUCUUCAGUUUCUGCAUAAUUAUAAAAAUAUGAGGAAUAUUGUGAAGCUUAAGAAAGAACUAAAGGAGAUGCACUCCCAAUGGGAGGACUGGUCUCCAUGCUACAGCGUGUGCAGAGACAAUUUUUCAUACAGUUGCAGGCGGAAUAAAUGCCUGGAGGAAGAUGCAGAUUUUUGUGAUAGGUAUUAUAACCUCAAAUUCAGGAAAUGUGAAUCGGCUGCUUGCCAAGUGUUGUUAAAAGGUGCAAAAAAUGAGAAAAAAAAAAAUAAUAAGUAAAUAAAAUAAAAUAAAGCGAAACAGGGCAAAACAAAACAAAAAAAAGAAGGUGAAGGAAAAGAUGAAAAAGCUGAGGAAGUAAAAGAUCAAAUGGUUGAAGCCGGUGCUGAUGCCGUCACCGUCAUCGCCACCGCAACUGCUGAUGUUACUGCGAACGAAGCGGAAAACAAACAGUUAGAAGUGGAGAUGCAUGCAGAGGCAGACGAUGAUUAUUUAGACGCACUCAGGUUCAGGCGACGGAAGGAAAAGAAAGUGAACUUCUUCAUGUGGAUAAUGAAUAAUAAAAAAAUGGCCCUCGGAUUAGUAUUAUUUUUACUGGGAGCUAUAAUUUUCGGAUGCGUAUAUUGCUAUGUAAGCUCCAGUCUAGGUUUUCAUAAGGAUGAAGAAUACUGUGUGUCAAAGUACAGAGCUUAGGCAGUCAAUUAAAACUUAAAAAAAAAAAAUUUUUUU